AUGGAGGGAAGCGGGAAUGGCUUCCCCUACUACUACGCCCACCCCCUCAGCCCCUUCGGCCGCCACCAGGGCGGGGUCGACAGCGGCGACGCCGUCGGUAGGGCGUUCUCCUCGCCUUCGCCGGCUGCCUCUGCAGGCAGAGAAGGAGCGGUGAACCCCUUGCUAUUCCCACAGUCCCCGAUGGCAGCGGCGGCUGCCGGAGGGAGGGCUCCCGCUCCGGCGGUGGAGCCUGUGCGGAGGAAAAGAGGGAGGCCGAGGAAGUAUGGACCGCCGUUGCCUUCAUCGUCGCAUCAUCUUGCGUCCUCAGUAUCUCCGGCUGUCUCUGUCUCCCUGUCAUUCUCCCCUCUCAGUUUCAGUGCGAAGCCUUCUUCAUCUACGUCUCUAACGCUUGCCUCCUCUUCGCCUCCGCCGCAAGCUCCUCCUCGCAGAAGAUCACAGGAUGAGUUUCUAGGUGAACAUGCCCCGUUCUUUUUAUUUUGCGGUUAUCUGCCGGUACCAUGGCCGCUUGAAUCAUUCAAGAGCAAUAGAACGAAUACUAAUGGAUUUUCCAUGUUAUCUAUGCUCCUAGUCUGAUUUCCUUGUUUCUGAAUUACGUGAUUUCGAAGAGUAAAGCAACGCUUCUACCCUCCGAUUUGAGUUUCACUGCCCUGUGCGUCUGCGUAUUGAUACUCGUAAAAAUUGAUGAUAACAUUUCCAUUGAGAAGUUGGUCAUUUUGGAAUCCCUUCGUAGUAUGACACCCCUGGUCGUAAAAGCUCGACUUUUGAUUAUACUAAUUGACGAUGAAUAAUUAAGAUGCAAAUAUGUACAUGUCGACAUCAUUAUUUACGACUCAUAUAAUAAAAUUGCGCAUGUUUCUAAAAAACGGAAUGAAAAUUAGUCCCAAUGUUAAACGAGAUUGAUAACUAAUUAUGUGAAAUAAAUGUAUAUCAAAUCUUGGAAUGCCCUGAACCAGAAAGUGGAGCUUGAAACAAAAGUAGAGAGAACACAAGUAGAGUAAGAGGCUCAAUGAUAGUUGGAGAAGCCUGCAAAGGCCUGACGAAUUGAGAUUCUACUGCAGAUUGGGAAUGCCAUAGAAUCAUAUUGCCUUACAACAAGUCCUGGAGAAUGGAUUGGUUUGCUAGGAGAGGAGGGCAGAUUUUUGGGGGAUAAACAACCACUUAGAGUUGCAUUCCCCUAGGUAAUUCCAGUUCUAACUAUUUAAAUUAGGUUAGAAAUAAUUGGUGGAUCCAAGGCAAUACGAGAUACUUUACUUGUACCUCCGCUGCCUCAAAUUUAAGGUGCAAUAAAAUGGUGCGAUCUUCAUGGUUGCCUUGACUAGAAUAGUUGGUCAUACUAGUUUUUUCAGUGUGCAAGCCUGUUCAUCUCCCUAAGUUCGCUGUUCAGGAACGCUCUUCUGUUGGAACUCUUACUUUCUGGGGAGAAUGUGAAAGACAUUGCAGAAUAUUUCCUUCUGCAACAGCUCUGUGGUGUGCCAUUCUGUUUGCACGUAUGAAGCAUUAUAAAAAUGCUUUCUUACCUUUUUUAAAUCCUUCCUGAACCCACAGCCCAGUAUGUUGGCCCUGCUAGAAGUUUGCCGCAUUUCUGUGGAGGUUGUGUUCUAGUUGCCGUGAACUUGACUGGAUAGUCAAGCUUAGUUCAACAUUCCGGAAUGAAAACUGCAUUCGUUUCUAAGAGUCUGAUCUACUGAUUGGUCCAAUGUUCUCUAAUUUCAUGUGUUUACCGAAGAUUAUGGUGAUUUAUCAAAGUUGAAGGAAAGUGCUUCCUAUCCACAUUGUUUCUUACGUAAUACUAUUCAUGUUUUACGAAAAAGGAAUGUCUUUUUAAGUUACCUUUGGUGAAGAUUAAAGAGUAGUAUCAGAGACAAAUAGCCAUUUUUUUCUCUUUUUGUGUAGGCAAAAUUUCAAUCGUCCAGAACUAAUGAGGAGAUAUAACGAGGAAAAGAAUGGUAGAAGACACAAAGCUAAGAAAAAAAUGUUACAAGAUUCUAAAGUAUUAACAUCAUUAGUGACUAAUCUUUUGAAGAUGGGAGCAAACUUUACCCAGGUUAAUGCAGAAAUUUCCUCAAGAUUGAUAUGUUAUAGGGCAAGAAUCUUUGAGAAUUGUGACAAUGAGCUGCCAGAAAUGUUGUGCUGCCUGGGUUCGAUCCUCUGUGAUGUCCAGAGACCUUUAUGGUGACCAAGGCAGUUCUGUUGUCUUGCUGCGUAAUGCAACCUCAUGUUAGGGCCGUCUUUUUGUCAUGCCAUCCCCGUUGAAAUCCUAUGGAUGUCCUUGCUUAAUGUGACUUAAAUUAUCCUAAUCAAGGAUGCCACUUACAAUGGGAACCCUAAACAAUGUGGCUCAGUUGAAGAUUGUGCUAAAGUUGAAAGUAGAAUAGUCGAUGGGCAACGAAAGCUUCUUUCCUACAGAGGAGAAUUACUUGAUGUAAAUUUGUGAUGCCAAUAUUGCCGGUCAAUUUAUCUUUCUAUCCUCAGGAUUCCCAAUAUAGUGGCAGCAAGAAAUUCAUUGCGGAUUCAUUUGCCAUGUAGUGGCAACAAGUCUUGUGGAUAGUAUGACUAAUUGAAGAAAAAUAUUUAACCAUCAAGAGACCAGUGGCUCUCUGUCCCAAAUUAUUCAUGUUCCUAUUUGAUUUUGCUUAGCUGACUAAGAAAAUUACUGACCAUGAAUGAGAGUCUUUGGCUGGUAUUAGUUAAGUUGACAUAUUACAAAUGAAGCAGAUUAUGGAACAUUUUGUUGCAUAUCAUUGCAAUAGACAAAGGUUGUGGAUGGAUAUUUUGCUUAUUCAGAUCUGUCUGUGAUUGCCACAGAGCUGGUGUUGGAGGGCAACUGGUGUGAGGUCUCUACCUUUUGGUGAAUAAUAUUGCCAUCUUUUCAUGAUAAUUCAAGAUCCUAGUAUCGUUUUUGCCAUGGGUUAUUAAGUUUAUUCGAUUUGGAAAACCAUUUCCCCUUUACCAACGAAGCUGUCAAAAUCCUCCUGUGGGAGACUUUCUUCCCCUGAUCAUUUGGUCUUAGUUUUAAUAGCCUGAACACGUAAAGCAUCCAGGUCGCUUAAGUAGCCUGCUCAUUUGUGGAGUGAAAAAAAAUCAUGGUGGUCCAACUGCAAAUUCUAGAUCAUGAAGCAAUGUAAACACUAAGGUAUUGAGGCUAUCAUGAUAAGCUGCUCAUUCACAAAUAGUCAAUAUGAAAUCUUUACUAAUACAUAGUCUGGCUACAUGUUUUAUUUAUUUUAUGGCUAUAUUUGAUUCCUAUCGAACUGUUUUAUUACCAUACAUUAGUUAUCAAAUGAUUUUUAUUAUAUUUUAAAAUUACAAAUGAAUAUAUAUUCAUAGCUAUAUUAUAAUAUUAUUAGCAUAAAAUCAGUUAAAGUUUCUCCUCGGGUUUUUUCAUGGUUAUUUUUGGAAUCUGUAUUUGCUGAUUCUUAGUAAUCAUUUUGCCAAGCAGUUUUUGGGGUUUUUCACAAAAAAUUAUUAUUUAAUUUAUUAAAAUUUCUGUGUUUAACCAGUUUUGGAAUUAAAAUUUUGAUUUUGUUUAUUUUGAUUUAACUUGGUGAUGACUAUGUAAGUCAUUCAUGUAGAUUGGUAACGUGAAUAUUAUUUCUAUGAUUUUAUAGUGCUCGGUCAAAUCAUUCGUUUUAGUUCUUAUUUUAUUCGGUAAAUACUCUCAUGGAGAAAUGGAGGCAAAUAAACAAUUAGUCAUAACCUUAAUCUCAAUUUGGUUAAUGUGGUAGAAUCCAAUAAAAUUGCCCGGAAAAAGAUUGUACAUUAGUCAACUUGACCUCCGUAGACAGUCAGUUGAGAUUUGAAUUCUUGCGGUAUAAAUGUGUUGUAACUCGAGCUACUUGCUGCAGGUAAAGGCGUCCAAAGCUUCACGCCACAUUUUCUUACAGUUGCAGCUGGAGAAGUGCGCCUCUGAUCUUUGAUAAUUUUAGCUCACGAUGUUAAUAUUUGCAGGUUGUUUGCAUAUUAAAAUGGGUGCCAAUCAUGUUCAUAUAAGCAUUUCCGAGGAGCCUAUGUCUUAUCCUCUCGUAGGUGGCAUUCGAAUUUCUUUGAAGGUUCUCCCAUUUACUCGAAGCUUAAGAUUGGGGCCCUAUGUGGCAGCAUCUCUAUGCUACUCCUUUCUUGUAAUGUGUUUAGGAGUGAGUCUGGGAUUCAUGGCUUCCACCUGAAAAUUGAUUUUCAAAAAAGUGGUUAGUAAAUCAGCCUAUUUGGAGGUAAUUUGCAAAUAACCCUAUUAGAAUACGCCAACGCCCUGAUGGUAGAUAGAAUCUUCAUUUUCGGUCCUUAGAUCUCUCUAAGUCAGUUUUUGUUUGCUAUUACCCUCUUAUUAUUUAACUUUAUACCCAGUUGCAUAUGACGUGCAGUUGUUUCUGUCAGUGGCGGUUUUUUCAAUCGUAUUAAAGCAGGCAUACAUUCUUUGGAAUUUAUGUUAAGUGAUGUGCUCAAGCUUCAUGACUUGACCUUGGUUAAAAUUGGUGGUUCCAGCUCUGACUAUGCCUUCAGUUUUAUUGGAUGACUAUCCUGUAGAAUCAUUUUUUCUAGUACUCUUUGCGAGUGGUUCUCGAUCUGCCUAUACAAAUAGGUUAAUGGCCAAGAUACCCAUAAAUAAUGAAGUAAUUGGUCGUUCUUGAAGAUGGAUAGCUAAUUGCUUGCAAUCAGGAGUUGGAUAAUAAAAGUAAAAUCUUGAAAUUGAAUUUUAGUUCGCCAACCAUAAUUGGAUAUAAUGCUAUGUGUUAGAACAUUACUAUGAUGGGACUUAACUUUGUAAAUACUAUAUUGCCCUCUUGUAUGAUAGAAAAAGGUCAAUGGACUACUUGGGGGAUUGUGUUCGGUUGAAUUUGGGUAGAGGGUGGAUUGCACUGCUGUUUAUACUCACACUGAUAGGAAGAAAACCGCUAGAGUGGAAAUUGAUAAAUACUACAGUUAGAAAACAAGAUAUUCAUGAUAAAUUGCUUUUAGAUAGCAUUGAAUAGGAAGUUAUAAGUUCCAGGCUAGAGUGGAAAACAAGUGAGAAAGAGAGAGAAGUACGAUUAAGGUGGGCUUGACUAUCUGUGUUCAAUCACAGAUCUUAAAUUCUCUAACCGCAUAACUAUACUGGAAAAUUGUAGGUUUAUGAUGAGGAACUUCAGCUGAAUGAUAUGUGAGGUGACUCUGUUCCAUGCUUGUUCCCCAUGACAUCAAUAUUUCUUACAUUUAGAUAGAUCCUGUGAUUGACUAGGAUUAGUCUGAAUAAAAUUGGCAUUAGAUGCGUCCUUUGAAAAUAAAUGAGAAAUAACACUCACGAGGGUCAACGCCUAUGUUAAAGGGUUUAUCCACUUUUGUUGGCAGUUAAAACCUGAAAGAUUAUACCAAUCUCUGGGGUUGUGUUCUCUGUAAUAGAGGAUACUUCUGCUGUGCUCUUAACAAUGAUGUGUACCCAUGGCAAAUGCAGAGAAAUUGAUCGACCAUUUACUUUGUUAUGUGUUGAUCUUUUCAUAUGCUACCGUCUUCUAACCCCUGGUCAACUGAAAUUUCAAGAUGUAGAUCAUCAAAAAUCCCAUUUACCCUCGUGUUGCGGCACUUCGAACACGUCUGUGUAUAAUCUUUUUCUGGGGACUACUUUAAGAUCGAAUACGUAUAGAUUGGCACUUAGAACGAGUUAGCCAUCACACAGCACAGACUAAAUCACCGGUUUUACUUUAAUUCACCAGUGAAGAGCUAUUCUUUCUGUUCCCAUUUUGGGUAUCGAGACCAAAUAACCUGUUAUAGAUCGGUGAUUAUAUCUUUCAGUUAUGGUUUAUACCGAUGAUCAGCUCAUGCUGGUUACAAGGGUAUUUUGGUGGUGCUGAGAAAGCCAAACUGGGUGGUAUGAAGUUCUCUCUAGCUCCCUAGUUAGAAUCCAGAGUAUUAUGUUCCAGUAAAGCUAAUGGGUCUGGAAUAGAAUUGGAUCCCUCAUAACAGUAGACAGGUAAACAGGCUCUCAUUGAAUAACUUCUGAAUGGGUUCACGAAACCAUGGGGCCUUUUUGUACUCUUUGAUGACUGUUUAAUGUUCAUAAAUCGUCCAUUUCAUGCUCGUUUAAUGGUGCUUUUCUCUCUUGAAAUGAUUUUUUUUUGCACAAAUUCAGCACCAUUAUGUAACCAGUGGGAAUUGAAUGGUGAAGCUUAGCGAACUCAUAGUAAAGCAUCUAUCGAACUAGAAUGUGUCCAGUAACGUGGACAUUGCUAGCCCAAACUUACAGUCCUACGUGGAGUCAACAAAUGUAUUUACUUUAUUACAUGACAAAAAGAAUAUGUUCUCUUGAAUGUUCAUCUGGUCGCGGUUAUCUGAAGUGCAGCUUGUGCUCUCUGUAUUUCAUUUUGGCAGUCUUCUUAGUUUGUUUUUCCUAUCGACUACGUCUCCAACAAUAUUACACUUGAAUAGGCCUUGUUAUCCAUCAUAUGUUUCUCCAUUCUGUAGGACGUGGUCCAACGAAUCAUGUCGUUUGUGCAAAAACAAAACCGAGCAGUUUGCAUUAUUUCAGCUUCUGGAACAAUAGCUAACGUCACACUUCGCCAGCCAGCCGUGGCCGGGGGCCAAAUGACUUAUAAGGUAUAUACGUUGGUUCUUUCAUUAUUGGAAUUUAAGAAUAUCCUAAUUCUCCUUUAUAACAGACGUUAAGUUAACCUGCAAACCAUGAAGAUUAGAUUUCUGGCGAACCGAUGUCAUGAAUUAUUUCUGUUGUGCUCAAACAGUGAGAAACCAACAUAUUACAAUAGCCAUUUCGGGUUGUGUUUCGAUGAGAAGGUAUAGUGAAUGAAUAUAAUGAAUUUGGGCAUACUUUGAGGUUUUUUUUUUCUCGAUCAGAAUUUUCUGUUGUAUUGAGUUUAUACCAUGCUUGCUCCCAUGAUUCGCGGACAUAUGCAAUAAUAUGUCUGUUUACAUUCACUUUCUGCAUAUUGAUAUUUACAUUUUAAAAGUUUCUACCUCCCCACUGGCCGUAGCCCAGUUGUUCUAGGGAACGUGCCUCAAAAAGUGAAGCCCCUGCUACAGCCCGAGAUGUUGUGUUGUGCCCGCCCUAUGGGAUCAGGCACCAUAAGGGCAAAGUUCUAAAACCCUAGGCAUGUUCUGCCUUAUGGCUUAUUUGCCAUGCGCCUCGGGCUCUUACGGGUCAUCCCUGUGCUCACCCCAGGUUGGAGUCGAGCACAAUCAUGGGCUCCAGUACAACUUCCAGAAUCAACUGUCUCACCUGCUGUGAGAUAAAUUUAGGGCUGGGACUGCAAUUCCCUAAAGAUCAUGGAGUAGAAACCUUUUGCUGCCAAAACUUGGAAAACGUUCCCUCAAUUGAGAACAUAGAAAAAUGACUGGGAUUGCUACUGAAUAUCUCCAAAGUCUACAUAUCUUGUUGUUCCUCUCAUUUCAAAUGGUCCAAUUAAUAAUUAGACCAUGUUUGCCUUUUUUUUCCUGAACACCUCCUUUCUGUGUUGGCGAACUUAAACCCAUAAUCGUGUAAUGAAAAAGCAGGUUUCAGGAUGCCCGCGCCCUCCAUAGAAUAAAGUCAACUUUGUUCCAGAUAGGAUUAAUCAUGUUUAUGGUCAAAAUUCUGCUUUGCAGAGCAUUUUUGGUCCCCUUUUAUUCAAAUUCAUGUUCUUUUGAAAAAAACAUAAUAACGCUUUCCAAGUGCCAAAUAAGUUCAUCCCUAUUUGUCUGCCAGUCACUGUAGCUAAAUUAGUUCGAUACUGAUGGUUGUCUGCUCUGUGUGUGUAAUGUUUCGUUUUCUCUCUCUAUUCACUGAGCUAGACAGUGAGAUUUUAUCCAGUAUUUUCCCUUUUUAGACUUCUCCAAAUCAGCAUUUGCUGGCAAACCCACAGAAACUAACUUCAUUCCACAUCGUGCCUUCCCUCCCUGCUGAUUCUGUUCAGGGAAAUUUCGAUAUUCUUUCACUCUCUGGGUCCUUCCUUAUAUCCGAAAAUGGAGGAGCAUCUGCAAGAACCGGUGCUCUGAGUGUGUGCCUCUCUGAGGAAGGCUUCCUUGUUGGGGGCGGCAUUGGUGGCCCACUAGUUGCCGCCACUACUGUGCAGGUGAUUCACAGUCUUCUAAGGAUACCUUGCCCACCCUGCCCCCCCCCCCCCUUCCCCUUUUCCAAGCAUUUUAAAGCCCAUGAUUCAAUUGAUGCAGGUGUUCGCUGGUUCUUUUGUGAUUGACGCCCACAGGGACCUUGAUGCAGUGGCAAACACCAGCAAAGCUGUGAGCAGCUUAUCAACUCAUUUUCCUGUAGGAACCGAGGAAUCUCCUUCGGUGGGUUUCCACGCUACUGCGGGUUCCGCUGGAAGUUUUUCAAACAACAGGCUAACUGGUGAUCACCAUCAUCAUCAAAGUACAGACAUCAUAAGCAGAAGUAGCUCCCUGAUGCAAACUAGGGCGGUUCAUGUUACUCCUCAGCGAUCUUCAACCGAAUGGGGAGGUGGGUUGCAUUAUCUGACUCUUCCUGUAGUUUUUCUUAUUGUUGCAUUGUUUAAGUUGAUAACGCUUCGGAUGCAUUUCCUCUAG